UCAUCCUGCCUUGCACACACAAGCCCCUAACAAUUUGGAACCAUGAAGUGGGUGACAUUCAUCUCUUGCCUUUUCUUACUCAGUUUUACGGAAUCGAAGUACCUGAGCAGAGCUUACAGGGAAGCAGAACCUCCUACGACCAUCAAACAUGUCUCUGUACUAUCAGAUGAGCAUUUGGAAAAAAUUUGUCUCGUGCUGUUCUCCCAGUUCAUACAGAAAGGCACACAUGAAGAAGUGCAUAAACUGGUGGAGGAUACAUUAGCACUUGCAAAGAAAUGCACUGCUGAUGAGCAUUCAGAUGUAGAAUGCACAAAGCCUUUGAGUACUGUUCUACUUGAUGAGAUUUGUCAUGAAGAAGGUAUUGCUGCCAAAUAUGGCUUUGCUCCUUGCUGUGCUCAAGCUGACCUGGAAAGACAUGAAUGUUUUCUGGCCCAUAAAAAUGGAUCUAGAUAUUACAUUUCACCAUUCCCAAAACUGGACCCAGAGGCGACCUGCAAACAAUUCCAUGAUAAAAAAGUGGAGGCUUUAAACCAUUACAUCUAUGAGGCUGCCAGAAGGCAGCCAUUCACGAAGAUUGUCACAUUCUUGCAUGGAGAAAAGGAGUAUGAAGAAGUCCUGACAGAGUGUUGCCAGGUGGAGGACAAGCAUGCUUGCUUCGAUGACAAGGUAGCAGCUGCAACAAAGAGAAUGCUGAAAGCUAUUGGAGUGGAGAAACACCAGUGCUCUGUCCUAAGGAAGUUUGGUAUGGAAAGUCUACAAGGAUUAAAAAUUGCUCAGAUGAGCCAGAAGUUCCCAAAAACUAACUUUCAAACAAUUAAGGAUAUUUCUGGAAAAAUUGGGCACAUCUAUGAAGAAUGUUGCAGAGGUGACACCCUGGAUUGUAUGCUUGAUAGAAAGAAGCUGACAGACUACGUCUGUAGCCACCAAGAUACCCUUUCUUCCAAACUGAAACAUUGCUGUGAAGGGCCCAUAUUGGAACGAGGAGAAUGCAUUGCCCAUGCAGAAAAUGAUGACAAGCCUGCUGAUCUGUCUCCAACAGUCAGAGAGUUUAUCGAUGACCAAGCCGUAUGCCAACACUAUGCUGAAAAUAAAGGUGUUCACCUGGCAAAGUUUUUGUGUGAGUAUUCUAGGAGACAUGAUGAAUUAGCUCCAGUGAUGUUGUUAAGACUUGCCAAAGGGUAUGAGGAGAUGCUGGAGAAAUGCUGCGCAACUGAGCAUCCGGUAACAUGCCUUCAAGAAGGGGAACAACUACUAAAUAAACAUUUUGCCGAAUCUACGGCAAUAGUAAAAGCAAACUGUGACCUGUAUAAGCAGCUGGGAAGCUACCUCUUUCAAAAUGAGAUUAUUGUCCGUUAUGGUAGAAAGGCACCCCAACUCACCUCAGACAAAAUACGGGCCUUGACAAGGAGGAUGGUUGGUGUUGCUGCUGAUUGUUGCCAUCUGGACGGUGCUCACAGAGUAGCAUGUGCUGAAAACCAUGUGGAUCUAGCACUAGGAUUUCUUUGUUAUCUGAAUGAACAACACCCAGUCAACAAGCAAGUGGGCAAGUGUUGUGAUACCUAUACCAAACGUCGGGAAUGCUUCAUUGGAUUGGGACCAGAUCCAGAUUAUGUUCCUGUGCCAUUUAAUACUGAAAUAGUCCACUUCCAUGCCGAUUAUUGCACAGCAAAACCAGAAGAGCAACAGGAAAAGAAACAAAUCAUGCUGUUCCACAUAAUUCAACAUAAGCCUGAUAUCUCAGAAGAACAACUGGCAACUGCAAUUGUGGAUUUCACUGAUGUGGUGACAAACUGCUGUAGCAAAGAAAACAAAGAGGAAUGCUUUAACACAGAGAUUCCAAAACUGAUUGAACGGACCAAAGCUGCCCUUGGAGAGCAGUAAGCAUUUCAGCUGAGCAAUGAGAGGAUGCUGGAACUAAAGGCCCAACAUGCCAAGGCACCCUUGGUGUUGCUUGCUUUCUGAUUAAAUGGAAACCUGGGAUUUGAUUUUUCUGUGACUUUUCGCCUGUCGUGACAGUGCAAAUGAA